GGGACAAUCAGUAGCUGGUCAAAGAGUAAGAGUGACACCAUGUCUAAAGCUACUGGAGAUAGGCCAAGUUUUGAUACUUCUGCACCUAUUAAACCUACCAGUACACCUAUGGAUACUAGUUCCAUUCUUGUUCCACUGACUCUGAAACCCACUGUAAAUCAGAGAGUGGGGAGGCUAGAGUAA